ACAAAAUUAAUGCGCUUCAAUGUGAAACUGAUACCUACUUUUUGUUUACGCUAAACAACAACAAAUACUCCUAUAUAGGUUAGCUUUUAUUUUAGUGUCGAAAUAAAAAAAAAAUGAGUAUACCGGCACAAUCGAGUUUUGUUCGUUUUAAUUUGACAAACAUGAAAGUAUUGUAUUGAUUUCAAUGUGUCAUAGGCGAUUACGUUCAGAAAUCAACCUAAAAUAUAGGGAAAUCUGAUAUGUUUAUACUGACUCCUACAAACACACCCUACACGAAUAAUAAACAAAACUUACGAAGAAGUGCCCACCAGAGCUGAAUAUAUGAACACUUCUAUAGACGGCUAUUUAUCAGCUAUUAAAUCGAGUGCCUUUUAAUGUUUGUUUUUAGUGAACAUGAUGUGGGACGCUGGAUCAUUUGGCAAAAUUAGUGCUCCAACUUGGCCGCUAGUAACACUGCUCGAGCAUAUUUAACUGCUGGCGUAUUUAGCCUAUAUCCGAUAAUACAUCGCUGAUCAUUCAAGGGCAGAGCGAUAUUUAGCUAGCUUAGUUUACGGACCCUAGAACUGUUAACCGGAUAGUAUCUACCAGCAGGAGUUAAAUUUCCGGUCUGAUUUGAGUGGCGCGAUUCAAAAGAGAAACCAUUUAACUGAGAUCCGAGUCAAAAGUGUCACGUAAUACAUUGAUUCUGUAUACGAUUUGUUGUGCUCGAUCUGGAGAUGUUGUCAUGCAUUUUUUUACCAUCUUUACACAUUAUUUAUUUGAACUUUUUCAGCACUUAAAAAGCUGCUUCAUUGACUUCUUCUCCCGUCUAAGUAUGCGUCGGCUAAGCGUUACGUCUGACGUCAAAUGUGUAUUCGUUUACCGGGGUUAGUCAUUCUUAACUUUAAUGCUCCGCGUGCGUUAGCCGGGUUGACAAUGACUCUUCUGGCGCUUUUCGUAUGCCGCCCACUGAUAAGAAUACUUGCACAUUGUGUUGUUUAUUGCCAGAUAACGAUUUAAUUGUCAGUUGCAUUAAUGUCAUUUAAAAUUUUUUCGGCCCGCUAGUAUGCGCCGUUCCCCCGUACUCAUACCCUGCUUACGGGUCCUUCCUGUUGUCGCCCCCUACAGUGUCAAGUGACUGCCUAAAUGCGACGUUGGAUAGGAUUGAACUCCGGCUUCUUUAAUUUGGCGAGGGAAAUUGUGCCUGUUUGGCCGCUUUCGUCUUUUCUCCCCGCUUUGACCCUUUCCACCAUCGCCGUCAACAGCAUAGGUAACGUAUGUCCCUCAUCCAAGCACUAAUUAUGUACCGCUCAUUACGAUGUUCAUCUCAUGUGUCCUUAUGUCUGUCAUUCUGACGGAGCACUUCCAACUACCUGUCUCUUCUCCUUUGCCAGACGGAGAGCGUUUAACUCUCCACCCGAACAAGGGCCGCUUAUUUGCCGGCAGCCCAUUUCGUAGCAAUCGGCAUCGUUUGUUGUGGUUAUCGUCCUCAGCCUUUAGUUCCUCUGUGGCGCGGUUCUAUUAUAACUUUAUCAGAAGGUGUUGUACGUUGAGUGUUUACGGAAUUAGUCUACCGUUUUUCUUCGCGUGGCCAGAAAAUCACUGGUUGUCGGCUCGAUUUCACGUCGUAUAGUAACACUGACACUCGGGCUGCAUGGCGGCGUCAGUAGCAUGACUAGUAGUACCAAACAGCCAAAAGCUGGAAAGAUCGUUAUGAUCGCCUGGUUUUCGCAACUGUGUGCGUUUGUCCAUGCAGCAAAAGAGUCCAGGAGACAGUGAUGGGAUUGCGGCUUGUACCAAACUGCCUGCUGAUAAUUAGUGUGCAUAUGCAUCCGAAUAUGUCUGAGCGUGUCUGGCCAUCAGUGGCUGAAGAGGUGCAAAGUGGAAAUUGAAGCGAAACUUUUUUUUAGCAGAUUUUGGUAUCAUGCGUCGCGAAUACCGGGCAUAGUCUUCAAAAGGCAAACUUAGGUAAAGCUAAGCCUUUGUAUUGCAUUCCUCAGCAAAUAGACAACUUCUCAGUCCCCACUACUUCGUCAUGGAUGGACCAAUGUCAAUACAUGACAUGACGAACCGCUUUACGUGGUUCGACUAUGUCAUGAUGAUUGCUGUUCUGGCAUCCUCUUCCUUGAUUGGUAUCUAUUUUGCCUGGAAGGAUCGCAAAAAAAUGAACAACAAACAAUUUCUUAUGGCAAAUCGUCAGCUGGGUGCCUUUCCGGUAUCCAUGUCCUUGAUGGCCUCCUUUCAAAGUGCUACGACCUACCUGGGUUACCCAUCGGAAAUGUUCUACCGAGGAACACAAUACUGGGCGGCCAUCUUUGGCCUGGCCAUCUCAAAUCUUAUCGCUGGCGAGUUCUUUCUGCCCGUCCUGUACGAUCUCAAACUCACGUCUGUCAAUUCGUACCUGGAAUACCGAUUCAAUCGUUGGGUUCGCGUUCUUGGUGCAGUAUCGUUCACAUGUAAUAAUCUCUUGUAUAUGGGCGUCGUGUUGUAUGGUCCAUCUUUAGCCCUUAAGCCUGUAGUUGGCCUACCGCUAUGGACGUCAAUUGUAGGACUUGGCUUGCUAUGUACCUUCUACACAACCCUUGGUGGCGUCAAAGCUGUGGUGUGGACAGACGUCAUGCAAAUGUCUAUUGCGGUGCUUGGAAUGGUCGCUUUGAGCAUCGUUGGGAUCAUUAAGGCUGGAGGACUUAGUGAGGUAUUCCGUAUCGCCAAUGAGGGUGGUCGUUUGCAGUUCUUCAACACUCAAUGGGAUCCCAGUUCGGGAACAGUGCUUUGGAACGUUCUCAUUGGUACCACGAUGGUCUGGUUGGGCUCGUAUGGGACUUCGCAGACAGAGGUGCAACGUUUUUGUUCGGUAUCUACGCUAAAAAAAGCGAGAUUGGCUCUCUACUGUAACAUUCCUGGGGUGAUGUUCAACAUUUCGCUGGGAUGUCUUGCUGGUUUGGUCAUAUAUGCCAACUAUUACGACUGCGAUCCGCUUCAGGCCAGACGAAUCGAUAGCCCUGAUCAGCUGAUGCCUUACUUUGUGAUGGAGGUAUUAGGCGGUAUCCCUGGCCUGCCGGGCCUAUUUGUUGCAGUGAUUUUCUCGGCAGCCUUAUCUACGCUUUCAUCCGGCUUCAACUCGCUGGCCGCUGUUGCCUAUGAAGAUUUUCUUCAAUUUGCAAAGUUGCCUCUGCCUCCAAUCGUCGUAACGAAAACUGCGGCGGCUACAUAUGGCUUCCUAACGGUCGGGUUAGCCUUUCUUGCAGGAUCAAUAGGUAAUCUGAUUAAAGCCGCAUUCGCGAUGUCCGGUGCCCUGUCCGGCCCGCUGCUUGCAGUGUUUGCCCUGGGCAUGUUUCUACCACAUGUGAAUGGUAAAUCCGCCCUCCUCGGUUUGCUAGUAGGACAGGCAGUUUGCCUAUACAUUGUGAGCUCAGCCGUUUCAUCUGAUGAUGGACAGAAACUUACUACGUCAAUCGACGGUUGUACGACGCCUACGCUCAACUCUGCUAGCACGGUCUUGAUGAAUGCCACGACAGUCAGUACGGAAACAUCAGGCCCUUGGCCACCAUCUCAGCGAGCCGCCACAAAGAUCUCACAUCUGCUAGUGCCAAUAUCUGGUUUUUCGGUGACGUUUAUCGUUGCGCUUCUUUCGAUUCUCGUGUUCGGGACAAACGAUCCUCGAUCCGUAAACCCUAACCUCCUCUCAAAGUACGUGAGGAAGUACUUGCGUCGGGUAGAGACGACGAUUGGUGCGGCCACAAAGGAUGUACCUAGCAGUGAGAGAAACACCAGCUAUAAAACCGGUGAUACCCAAUUGUAGACGUUCCGUCCACUUCGCAUUUUCUAACAAACAAAGUUGCGCAGUUAAUUUAGCUUAGUUGUCUGCGACAUCCCUUUCGACCACUGGCCAUUUCAUGGCUUAGAGGAAAAGCUAUAUUUCUGGCAAUGAUUUGAAACAACAUUAUUAUAUCACACACAACCAUUAUAAAUAAGUUGGCAUUUGCACUCAAAUAUGUCCGACUCACCUACUAGUUCCAUUGAAUCUGUUAUAUACAGUUAACGAACCUUCGUGCUCAGUAUUGUUUAGCAACAGAGAGAAUAUUUUCUCUGCCGAUUCCUUCCCUUGGCUGCGAACUUGAUGGCUAUUUAAAUUGAAAGAAAGUUGACCAAACUUUGCGUAACCUAAGACAAACAUUUAAAUAAUUAAGUAAUUAUAUAUAUAUAUAUAUAUAGAUAUAAUUGAAAAAAAUAGUUAUUAUUGCUUUGUUAACUCGUAUUGUUGUAACCAUAUGUACAUACGCAAGCCUACGAACAAAUGUAUAAUGUAUAAUAGUGUAUAAUUAUGCAUUAUACAUGCAUAUAUAUAUGGAACGUAGGCUACCACACAUUGACGUAGGUGGUGUGACCGUUUUGUACACGCUCGAGGUCUAAACCAGUCGUCAAAAAACUUAUUAAUAAAGGAACUAAUUGAUCGUGAUG